AUGGGCAAACUUAGAGAUUCCACCUCUCCGCCCAAUAGAGGUGGAUCGAGCACAUUCCCGCGCAUGGAUCCCCCACCUCCCUACGAAGAGUCCUCGCGCUCCUCCUCCGCACAUAGCAAUGACCGACUGCAGCGAGACGAAUCUCCUCAGCCGCAGAGCGAGGCUGCUCAGCAAGCGGCGUCACAUCCGGAGACAAGCCCGCAGCAGGCUGCGUCUGCGUCUGCAUCCGCGGGAACUGAGUCCUGUCAAAAGAGACAGGUCGAGGAUGGCUGCUGUACCUUUGGAGAUGGCGCCUCAGGGUGUAUGGUCGUUGGCGACCACGCCGAGGGAUGUCUAAAUUAUGGCGAUCACGCCGAAGGCUGUCUGAAUUACGGCGAUAAUACAAGUGGCUGGCCUGACAGGUCCUCUGCGCGAAACGUCUGUGGUGAUUCCGACAGAACAACGAGGCUGACAUUUCUUUCCUCGACACAGUCUGAGCUACAAGUCAAGAGACGGGUGUAUGCUUUGGAAGGCAACCGCCGGCGGGGUGUUGUCAAUGCGGCUGAUUCACAUAUGGUUUCGCCCGACGAGCGGGCCAUGAAUGAGAUCCACGCAGCUAUUUCAGGUUUAUUUAUCACGCGACCAGUUACGAGGUCCUUGCCCGCGAUAUUCGUGGCGUUUUGGAAAAUCUGUCCCGAGCUUGAAUGUGUGAUACCACCCAGUUAA